CCAAUUAAAUAAGACUUGCAUUUGCAACACAACAACAAAAACCUCACUUUCUGGUCUUUUUCUGUGUGAUCCAUUUUUGAAGCAGACAAGAGUGGAGGACAGCGUUUGGGUGUAUGACUGCCAUGUUUUGCUUGCACACUUGCAGUAGUAGAGUGAGUGAGUAAAAGUGUCAGACUGCUGUAACAGACGGCCUCCGCGAGAUAAUUAGCCUGGAGUCAUUUGGAAGCUGCUCAGCUCUGCCCAGGUGCCCGCUGUGCACAGAAAGAGACCAGACGACCUUUUACUCAGCUCCAUCCCACUGCAGUCACUUAAAACAGUGAUGGAUGCUUCCCUUAACAGCCCGCUCCCUACCAGCCCUUGUCCUCCUUUUCUCCCCACCUCCCCCUCUUGUCUCCUCUGCUCCAGCACCACUCUCCCCUUAUUUGUCCCUUUUCCUCUCCUUGUUUUUUUUUACAAUCCUUUGCCUUUUACAGCCCGCCCAUUCUCUCUGUUCUUCCAGAGUGAUGAGGAGGAAGAGGAAGAAGAAAGGUGGGGGGAUUGGAGUGAAGUCAAGGGGGCGUUUCCUCCUGGUGCAGAGUCAAGCCCUCCCUCCCGUCAGCGCCUCAUUUGUAUGCAGCGGCUGUUGCUCAGGUGACAUGGCCGCUGGAUUCGAUCCCGACUGCGGGAACAUCAGCAGCGUGGCGGAGAGUGGGAUAGCAGUGCGGCCAGGCUGCAGAUAUCAUCCAUCUCCCUGUCACCGGCCCAAGGGCUGCUGGGAAAGUGGCAGACAGCUCCCCGGCUCUGACAACAGAGGCUGCAUCCUAAUUUUCCAACACAGAAUGCCUGAAAAACCUGCUCUGCUCCUCCCUCACCACCCAGUAUGGAAAACCAUUAACCCCGCGAUCCGGGAACAAAGCACGGAGCUCAGCCCUGACCACCGCUGGCUGCCUGUCGUAUCAGCGCCCAUCAUCUACCAGACUCUGAGCACUGAACAUUUUGCAUGAACACCACUGUAUAAAACAUUUAUUACAUCUCCAAGACUGCCACGUUAGAGCUGCACAUAUAGAGGGACGCCAUAAAAUAAGUUAAUUUCUUCAAGUCACAUCAAACUAGGAGGUCUUACACUGACUGAUCUUUAAAUACAUUGUAAAGUGCAUUUUCAAAAUAAAAGUCCUCUUUGCAAUAGCUGUUAUAAAUGGAUUACAUGCUUUCUGGUUAGCCAUGACUAACUGUGUUAUAAAGCUGUUGUCAGACAUUCUGUAGCUUUUGUUAUAUGCGCCAGCACUUUUGGCACAAUUCGCAUCUCUCCGAGCAUUUCUAUUGCUCAUCUCUUCUCCUCGGCAUCAAAUAAACAUUGGCAUGAGGAUUGAAUUAGUACUCAUUAACGUGUGGUGUGUAGCCGUUUGCAACAUUUUUUUCCUGCUUGUAAAGUCAUUUGAGUUUUGCAGUUUAUUUUUCAAAUUAAAAAGCCUUCCAAAAACUAUGCACUGCAUGUAGUUCUCACAUAGACAUAAAGUCAAAGGUGCACACAUGGGUCAGGUCCCAUUUUCAGAUAUAAUUAACAUAAUGAAUGAUAGGUCUCAGAAAAGUAGAUUAUCUGUGUAAAACAGUAUAUUUGGUGUUAUUUGUAAACUGUAAAAUAGAUUAAUCUAACUUUUUGACACAUUAAACCACUUUAAAUGUUUUACAGAUAUAUAUGUCAGUGGAUAUAUUUCAUAUCUAUAAUUAUUUAUUUUUAUCAGUUUCAUCUAUUUCAUGUCACUCAUUGUUUUUUAGUUCAUUAGACUAUUACAUUCUACUGUCAAAAACUAAGCUGAUACUUUACUUCAGUGAGACUGUCUUAUUCUAAAGCUGAAAAAGACAUUUCUGAUAGACAAUUGCAUUUGAAUCCCGCUCCCAAAUGUGGCAACACAAACAUUUGUUCAUUGUAAACAAUGUAAUUACUGGGAAAAUGUCAUGAAUCAAAAGAUGAAUUGAUUUUCCUGUCAGAAAAUGUCUGAAAUAAAACUAUUAGUAACAAAGUAGUCCAUUUAUUUUUGUGUUUCUACAAUAUCUAAUAUUAAUCUUCAAGUGAUGAAGCUGAGUAGGUCGUGCUGGUUUAGCAUCUCGAUGUAUCAUCGUUUGAAUAAAGUACGUUAGACCAUAAGAAUUGUCUGCUGUCAUGGUGAAUGUUGCCUUAUCCUGCCAAAAAUAUUUAAACAAACUUUACAAUAUGAUAUUGACAUAAGAACGAUCUCAGAUGAUAUUAAGAUGAUUUCAUUUUUUCCCAGACUAUAUUCGAUAUGGGAAUGACUGCUGUCAGGGCUUUAAAAGCCAUGCAUGUAUGAUCAAAGCUGUGAGGACUAGGCCUGCUUUAGGUCUUGGAUUAUUGUAAACAAAUCAGUAGACCACGCUGGAGGGAUCAAACACGUUCAGUAUUGAACUAAACAUCCACAUGUUACGUGGGAGGUACUGUAUGUUACUUAUGUUACCAGUAGAGCAAAAAACAAUCCCCUGAACAAUAUGCAACUGUGCUGCCCAUUAU